UCUUCUGAUUGGUUAACAUCGCUUCUGCUUACCGCGUCAUCUCUAUGCGACUAUUACUAUCGCAAGUAGGCGGGCAGGUGAAAAUAUGGCGCCAUCCCCAACAAAGAGGAAGGAGGACGACAAGAGCAAGCAGCGAGGUAAAGAGAAGUCAGGAGCCACGAAGGAAGGAGGUGACAAAGACCGGGGCCGAGACAAGAACCGCACGCGGCGCAGUGCUUCCAGUGGGAGCAGCAGUUCCAGCUCCAGCAGCAGCUCAGGCUCCAGCUCAGGAUCCUCCAGUGGCUCCAGUUCCUCUGCCUCCAGCCACUCAGGCUCAUCCAGUUCCCGCUCCUCUUCCUCCUCCUCAUCCUCCUCACCGAGCCCCAGCCGCCAGCGCCACAACAACAGACGACGCUCCCGCUCAAAGUCAAAAUCAGCGAAGAAGGAUGACAGGGACCGACGGCGUAGGAGCCCCACACCCAAACCCACCAAGGUCUACCUGGGCCGGCUGACCAGGAAUGUUAUCAAGGAACACAUCCAGGAGAUUUUCUCCACUUACGGCAAGAUCAAGAUGAUUGACAUGCCCAUGAACCGCGUCCACCCCCACCUGUCCAAAGGCUACGCCUACGUGGAGUUUGAGACCCACGAGGAGGCAGAGAAGGCCCUGAAACACAUGGACGGAGGUCAGAUUGACGGUCAGGAGAUCACAGUCACAGCUGUGCUGACUCCCACAGUGCGCCCGCCUCCCCGCAGGCUGUCGCCUCCCCGCAGGAUGCCCCCUCCACCCCCAAUGUGGCGACGCACUCCACCUCGAAUGAGGAGGAGGUCUCGGUCUCCACGGCGACGCUCUCCAGUGCGUCGCAGGUCUCGUUCGCCGGGCCGCCGCAGGCACCGCUCACGAUCCAGUUCCAACUCCUCCCGUUAGUGAAAAGGAAAACUCCCUCCUCCUCCUCCUCUUCCUCCUCCUCCCCCCCUCAGGAUCUGCUCCUCCGCUGUGUUGUCAGUGUGACCAAACAUGGUUAAUCAUCAACCAUUUAAUGAUGAGAGCAACGACACCAACAGUCAUUGGAAGGAAACACACUUAAACAUGAAACAGUGACCUACCAUCAUAUAUUAACCUCGUGUUAGCAUGGAGCGAAUCACCUCUGGGCUCAGAUUAUUGAUUGCGGCGUCUGUGUUCUCAUCUCUGAACCAGGAAGUUGACUGAUGACUUUACAACAGUCUUUAAAAAAAUCCUGCAGUACAAUAUGGUAAUCCAUAUUCUCUGAAAUCCAUCAGGCAGGGCCCUGAUGUUCACAUUUAGUGCUGUCCAGUAUAAUAAAUUACUAUUACUAAAUUACAGAUUUUAAAUAGUGCUACUGGUCAGAAUUUCGGUUUAAAUAAGCACUGUGUUUUUAAAACCAUCACUUCUCUAACCCUCGUCUUCAUUUGGGAGUGAUACUCCAGCAUUACUUCUCAUAGUCAAUUACAAGGGCAGCUAUAAAAGUGGAAGACCAGUUAGCAGCAUGUGUCUGCUUCAGUAGAAAUCUGAAAAUGACAUAUAGUCAUUAUUACAUUGUAAUAUUGUUACACAUAGUACAAUGAGGUAAGAGGGUUUUUGCCUGAAUUCCUGGAAAAUCAGGAGUUCGGUUCUUCCUUUUCCACCUAUUUUUUAUGUGUCACACUGUGACCUUCUGAUUUAGACAUUUGUGGUUUUAGUUUGACUUGGCGUCUGUUUUUUUCCCACAAACUUGUUUUGUAUAGCUGGCUUAUGGAGUGACAAUAAAGUUCAUGUUUUG